GAUAGAUUUUUUUUCCUGUGUGUAAAACUUAGCUUUUGUGAGACACUGUUUAGUAUUACUAGAGCGGCGAUUUGAACAUGAAAUACACGAUUUAUUCAACUGAUUGGAAAAUGGGAGAUUUACACAUCAUACAAUCUAAUGUAUUUUCUGUGUAGGCCUAUAUUUUAUUGAGCCGAGAUAAAGUGUGAACGAAUUGUUAGUAGACCUAUUCAUCCACUAUGUCCAUAACCUUAGACGAACAGAGACAGAUCUAUUUACAAUACUCACACCAUUCUUCUAGAUUAUAUAAUAUGAUACACAAAGCGGAAGAAAUAUCAAACUGAAGAUCUAAGGUGCGGUUGCCCUAAUUGGUUGACAUGAACUUUGACCUCUACAAAUUUCAACCAUAAGUGGAUUUAUUCAACUACAAAAAUCAACUGAACCUUGGAGUAAAUAGAAAUAAAGGGCACUCCUCGUUCUAUAUUCUUGCGCAGUAUUAUGACGUAAAUUGUAUGAAUGAAUGAAGGCUAUAAAAUGUUUCACACACUAAAGAUUGAAUCAUAUUUCAACCUCAUGUGAAUUUUAGGUCACGAAGUAUUUUGGGCUAAAUGUAAGCCAGCUGUGUUCAUUAUUUUACUGGAUUACAAGUGUUCAUAACUGGAGAUACCUUUAGAAUCUGACAGCCUCUCACUAUGCCAAAGUCCAUCUUUACAAAAGACAGUCCGAGCCAGAUAGUCACGUAUACACUGUUUCAUCUUGUUUUAGUUUCUAGAGCACAAGCACUGCCAUCUCUGGAAGAUGUGACCGCCGCCAAAUGCGAAAACGAUCGACCAUUCAAAUGCCUGCCUUACGGCACUUGCUGUCGAGGCGACCAGUUCUGUUUUGAAGGCGCAUGCGAGUCCUGUUUUCCUGCCGAGCAAGACCUGUUGCAUUGGUGUCAGACUGUUGGCCUCCAUAAUGUCAGCAAAAUGAAAGACGUCACGUGUAGCCUGGCUUGCCAAGCUAGAUUUACUGUCAACGAUCUGGCUCAUUUCCAGAGGCCUGUCACUGAAGGUGAAUUGGGGUCAGACAAACAGAAAGAUGACCAGUGGUACCAUAGAUUUAUGGCCAUGUGUAUUGUAUCCGUUGUCCUCUGCUGUUCCACCAUCACGUUUCUGUCACUACUGUGCUAUUCGUUAUUCGGCAGAAGUCACAGCAGUUUAAGACACAGAACUUUAGCAAGAGAAAGUUUGCCCCCAAGGUUAACCAGGAGACAGUUCAGUCGCAGAAGUGAGUACAACGAGGAUGGAACUAUCCGAUACUCGGACCUAACGUCAGUGGCCACCAGCAGCACCUACGCUCAAUGUGGGACGUGAAAGCCAUCCAACAGACGAUACUGUCGUUUCAACACUAAUAAAAGGCAUGGGUCAAAGUGUCUUCAGGACGCAAACCCUGACCAUGAAUAAAUGUCAAACUAAAAUGUUUGGGAGAAAAAACAAAACAAGGAUAAAUACAUAAUAGAGACAAUCACUGUAACAGUGGUAACCUCUCUUGACCUCUGACCUCAGUCCUCUUGCCCACAAAGAGACACUAAACCUAAUGGUGAAAGCCGUGUGAUUGAAAAUGGAAAGAAAUAUUCAUUUUUCUUUCAUAACCGAACUAGUUUAUUUUAAUGUUUUUUUUUCAUAAACAAGUUUUUUAAAAGUAAUGCUACUCACUCUUGCCUAUCUUGCCUAUCAAAUUACAAGUAUCAAAGAAAAAUGUCCCGUUCUUUUGUAACAUAUAUGUUUUAUUGAAUACGAAGAUGAUAUUUGUAUUUCACAAAACUCACAAAGUAGUAAUUGUUUCCAAAACAAAAUGUGGCAAGACUAGCUUCCAAUAUAGUCAAUAACUUACCUUUGAAUGAACGGCAUUCUUGAAAUAACAGUUAUGAGGGACACACUGGGAGCAAAGAUAUUUAUUAUAGAAAAACAAAUACUCGACUGAUCAAGAUUUCAACAAAAAACAAGAAUUGUUAAUAAUACGAAAAAAAAGAGCCUAAAAGUAUCAACUUAAAACAAGAAUGUAAUACUGUUGUAGAUAUUGAUUAGCAUGAAAAAAACGAAUCUCACAUGCACACAAUUGUAACAUUUUUUUUGUCUAAAAUUUGAUUGCGUUAGUAAAUUAACAUUGCAACCAUUCAUUUCCUAAUGCUACAUUCAUAGAAUUCAUACAGAAAUGGAAAUGGCCAACCUUACAUCCUUUUGCGCUAUAUUUUGCCUUAAUGUUAAUAUUUCUACAUUUUUGUUGUGUAACAUAGAUUUGUGUAUUUAUAUUUAUUUGUCAAUCACUUUGCCUCAAUGAGAUUAACUAAAAUUGUUGAUGAUUAAAUUACAUUUUUGUGUUAA